GUCUCGCGCAGGCAACCAUCAAAUGCCAUGAAUCCUCCCCCAAUACCUUCGUCAUCAUCUGCUGGAAUCAGUCGAUCUCGUUCCGUCCUGGCUAAGGCUCGAUCCGAACUUACUACUCCGGUGGAAGAUCCAAAUGAGGGUUCAGAUGGCUUCAUAGGCUUAUCUCAAUCAAAUGGGAAAAAAUCGCAAUCGCAAUCUUCAAACGAUGGAAGUGACUCGCAUAUACAAGUCGUCAUUCGCUGUCGUAGGCGUUCCGAGCGAGAAAUACAAGAAGGGUCCCCAAUUAUUAUAUCUACUGAAGGACCGAGAGGUCAGAACGUUACCAUUGAAACCGCUGCAAUCACCUCCGUCCUAGGAAUUGUAACGUUACCUCCGACACGUACCUAUCCAUUCGACGUCGUCUUCGGGCCAGAGGCUGAUCAGUCCAUGGUUUACCAGGAUGUCGUUCAUCCAAUGCUGGACGAAGUUCUGAAGGGGUAUAACUGCACUUUGUUUGCGUAUGGCCAAACUGGCACAGGCAAAACUUACACCAUGCAAGGUGAUGUAUCCCUCACACCACUCGGAAAUCCGACUGCACAGGCAGGCAUGAUACCGCGCGCGCUCUUCAAACUUUUCCAUCAGUUGGAAAGCUCCGGCUGUGAUUACAGUGUCAAGAUAUCCUAUGUUGAACUCUACAACGAGGAGCUUCGUGACCUUCUUGCCACGGACCUGUCCCCUCCAUCCGGUCCCGUACAACCCAUGAGUAUGGGCAGCCAAAAGGAUAUCCAGAGCGGUCUUAAGAUCUUUGACGACUCGAGUAAACGAGGCGUCUUCAUCCAGGGAUUGGAAGAGACUCCAGUCAAGGACUUUAAUGAUGCACUGGCUUUACUAGCGAAGGGUAGUCAGCGGAGACAAAUCGCUGCCACGAAAUUCAAUGACCAUUCCAGCCGCUCGCACUCUGUCUUCUCCAUCACCGUACACUCAAAAGAGACGUCGACUCUAGGUGAUGACCUACUGAAAGUAGGCAAGCUCAAUCUCGUUGACUUGGCCGGGUCAGAAAACAUUGGAAGAUCCGGUGCAGAGAACAAGCGUGCUCGCGAGGCUGGUAUGAUCAAUCAAAGCUUACUUACUCUUGGAAGAGUUAUCAAUGCUCUUGUUGAUAAGUCAUCCCAUGUGCCGUACAGAGAAUCGAAGUUAACUCGCCUCUUGCAAGACUCGCUUGGUGGUCGUACGAAGACUUGCAUAAUAGCCACGGUCUCUCCCGCACGAUCGAAUAUGGAAGAGACCCUGUCUACUCUCGAUUACGCCCUACGUGCGAAAUCCAUCCGCAAUAAGCCUGAGGUCAACCAGCGCAUGUCCCGUAAUGCUCUCUUGAAAGAAUACGUUGGAGAGAUUGAGCGACUGAAGUCGGACCUUCUUGCUGCGAGGGAAAAGAACGGAAUAUAUUUCUCUGAGGAGACGUGGACUCAGAUCAACAACGAACAUGAGCUACGACAGACAGAGGUGGAAGAAUGCAAGAAACAGGUCGAGAUGAUCGAGAGUCAGAUGAGAUCGGUCAGGGAAGAGUUUGAGCAGAGUAUCGCUCUGCUCAUGAAAACAGACGGCGAGCUGAAGACUACGAAAGAGAGGCUGCGAAAGCGUGAGGGCGAGCUAGUCGAGAAGGAAGGCGAACUAAGCAACGUCAAGGUCGCUUUUGAAGAGGAAGUGGUAGUGCGCAUGGCUCACGUAGCUACCGAGGACAUCCUAGACGAUGUAGCGGACGGGCUCAAGAAGGUUGUUGAGCAGAGCACAACCGAUGUUUCAGGCCUCUUCGGCAAGAUUGAUCGUAAAAUACAGGAGUUUAACGCGAACUCCAAGGCCAUGAAGGGCCAGAGUACGCUUCUGGAUCAAGAAUUGCGUUCAUUCUUGUCUACAGUGGAAACAUUCGUCAAGUCGGCAGAUCAAGCCGUGACGAAAACUAAGACACUGGCAGAAGCGUUUAGGAAAAGGGAGAUAUCCGCACUAAGCUCUCACAGUCAGACCCUUGAAGAACAGAUUGGCCGUGUCACUAGUGCACUGAAAACUAUUCAGUCGAAAGAGGAUGCUUCGGAGCAGAACCUGACAAAUAUUUGGACAAUCGUCAAAGAGGUUCAAGACCGAUUGGCAAAUGAACUGUCGAUCUGGUCAGGCACCACUCAGGAUGACAUUCAGGCGAUGUGUACUGAUAUUGAGCAAGCGGCUGCCACUAACUUUGCAUCAACCCAGCAAGCCAUUCAAUCUUUGUGGUCUGUUAUGGAAAGGCUUGUUAGGGACACCCGAUCAGCUAUUGAAAGCGAACGUAAAGCAGCGGAACGGCAGAACGAGCUCGUUGCGCAUGCGGCGCGUGCUGAAAUCGCAAGGCUGCGAGAACAGAAUGCUCGCUUGUCUGAGCUCCUUGACUCAGAAAAGAGAAGUGCGCUGAAAGCGAGAGACGCGCUUGUCAAGAGUAUUUCUUCAUUACUUGUGGAUUUCACCGAAGAACGCGAUCGCGGGCUUCGCGAAGCUGUUUCCGGUAUUCAGGAGUCAAACGUCCAAGGAACGGAAAACAUGGAGACCUUCGCGAAGAAGCAUGACGUGUUGAUGAGCGAAUCUAGCGCGCGUAGUCGAGCAUGGAGUGCAUCAUUGGAUAAGGUUGCGAUUGAUGGUGCUCAGGCUAAGCUGUCCGCGACUGAGAGCGCACAAUCAGGCAGUACUUCGGUUCAAAAUGGCCUCUCUGAGCUACGAGGCUCGACUUCUGCGGCGAUUUCAUCACACUCAGAGGGCAUCAUUCAUGUUUCGAAGGCAUUAAACUCGUGUUCAAAAGUGUUUGAACGUGAGCACAAGAUCAAGCGAGUGCGCAUUGAUACGUCAACACACUUGGCGGAAGACGCGCAAGCUACAUUCCAAAGCACGCGGGACCUAGUAGACUCGACGUCUAAGGAAUUUGACACAUUCAGAAAGGACGUCACUGCAGAGACGGAGCGCCUGCAGAAUGAACUACGUUCCCACUCAUCCUCAGCAUCCUCGCAUGUGUCGUCAGUCCAACAAUAUAAUAAGCGGAUGCUUGAACAAGGCACACGACAAAACCCUCCGACGGGAACGACACCUCAGAAACGGAAAUGGUCUUAUGUUGACAAGUGGGAACGGACAAAAAAUCGAACGGAUUUAUUGCGAGAAUACUACAGACAGCGAGGCCCUAUCUCAGCGGAAAGUGCGCAUGACACGUUGCAGAACGAGGAUUCGAUCCUGGACGUGCAAGAGGCGGAGAAUUUGGAGGAGCACACAGAAGGAGAUAAUCCAGGACAAGAAGUUGGGGGGGAUGGUGCUGACGCUGCCGAGCACAAUAAUGCGACUAGCGAGGAACCACAGGCGGCUGCUUCGCCACCAGCAAAAGUGGAAGAGGAAUCCGGUCCGUUGCCUUUGUCGGAAUCAUCAUCAUUAACUACCCUACCUUCGGAGGACCUUAUCGAAACGCAACCGGCACCGCAACCAGUGGCACCCGCAUCUAGGUCGAAUCGCAGAGAAAGCGGAAUUCCAAUGAAGGUCCAGCCCCCUCGCCCUACACUACAGGAGAAAUCCACAAAUAUUCUUCCGGAACCUAGACCAAGAGUCAUUAGAACGACACGAGUCAGGCGAUAA